CACCCUGGGAUUAAUGUCAAGGCACAAAAGUGGCGCUACACCGUUUCGAGCUCUACUCCGGUGGUUGCCUUAGCGAUGGACGGGGAGUCAGAACCAAGCCCUGCCGUAGCAGAAGAGGCAGGGGAGCAUGUGGAGCCCAUGGGUGCAACUCCCUCUCCCCAGCAAGAGAGCACGCCCCCCUCAGAAGAGGCUGGGGAGGCGGUUUCCAUGCUAACAGAAGAUGGAGCAACAAAGGAGGGUGGCACAGAGGACAAUGAUGAUGAUGAUGAUGUGGUUCUAGUAGGGGAGGAAGCCCCCAAGCCUUCUGCCACAACCCUUCCAAACGACACACCAAGCACAGACAGUCCCGAGCCGACUGCAGACAUGUCUACGGCUUCCAAGACCCCCCGGUCCCCUGCGUCUUCCAGCAUAACCACAGCAGCAGCAGCAGCGCCUAAACCUCCAACCACAGAAGCAGAGCCCAUUGUCAUUGACGACGAGGAGGACUCUGAGCAGAAGGACACUUCCUCCUCCUCGCCAGCACACCCUGGAGGCUCCUCCACCGCACACUCGCCGGUUGCACUCAGCAGCACCGAGCCGGAUUCAGAGAUCAGGAUUGCCAGCGUCACCACAUUGGGCUCCAGUAGCCAGGAAGAAAGCGCCACAGUCUUUACAGUAAACACUCCACCACAUCCCGAAGAUGACCAAGGAGACCUGAACCUGAUGAUAACAUCGGUGACAUCACUUCAGAGCGGGGAGGCGGCUGUCACAUUGGAAGGUGAAAGCCAUGCAGAGGAAAACGGUCUCCAGAUCAGCAGCGCGUUCAGCCUGAAUCCAGACACCCCACCUGGUCGACUGACGGCCUCCUUCAACCCUGGGCGGGGCUCAGGUCCCAUGGGCCAGCUGGUACAGAAUGGAGACACAGGGACGCACAAUAGAGCAGACUCGUGGAUCUCUCAGUCGGCUUCGGUCCCCCGCAACCAGAAACAGACGGGGGUCGACUCUCCGUCACCAGCCACCUCCCUCCCUAAACCUGCGGGCCAGUCUUCCUCGACGACAUCCUCCUCAGGCUCGCAGCCACAGCCAAGGACAGUCAAGGUGACCUGCGCUAACUGUAAAAAGCCUCUGAAGAAAGGACAAACAGCCUACCAGCGUAAAGGAUCAACGCACCUGUUCUGCUCCACCACCUGCCUCUCUGCCUUCUCACACAAACCCGCCCCCAAGAAGAGCUGCACCAUGUGCAAAAAAGACAUCACAAACAUGAAGGGUACCAUCGUGGCCCAGGUGGACUCCAGCGAGUCAUUCCAGGAGUUCUGCAGCACGGGAUGCCUCGGCGCGUACGAGAAUAAGCAAAACCCACCGAAGUCGGGCAUCAAAACCAAAUGUACCGUCUGCGGCAAGCUCACAGAGAUCCGACACGAGGUCAGCUUUAAGACCGUGACCCACAAGAUCUGCAGCGACACUUGUUUCAACGUUUACCGCAGAGCCAACGGGUUGAUCAUGAACUGCUGCGAGCAAUGCGGAGACUACCUGCCCAGCAGAGCGUCAGCCAACCACUUCCUGCUGGUCGACGGCCAACAAAAACGCUUCUGCUGCCACAACUGCAUCAGGGAGUUCAAGCAGGUCAACAGUAAACUAGCGAGCUGCAACACUUGUAAAACGCUAAUAAAGACAGGCGAGGUGCUCCACAGCAUCGGAGCGGGUGGCGUCAUGUGCUCAUACUGCUCCGUCAACUGCAUGAACAAGGCCAAGCUGGCACCAACCACCAUCAUUAACACAGAGCCCACAUGUCACUUCUGCAAGAGGAACUCAUUACCGCAGUACCAGGCCACGCUGCCAGAGGGAAACAUCCUCAACUUCUGCAGCUCGCAAUGUGUCACCAAGUUCCAGAAUGCUACAUUUCAAACAGCCACAAAUGGACAGUCGCCCAACUCCACCACAAACAACACCGUCCAGCUGAAAUGUAACUACUGCAGAGGAGCGUUCAGCCUGAAGCCUGAAAUCCUGGAGUGGGAGGAUAAAGCCUACCAGUUCUGUAGUAAGGCGUGCUGUGAGGACUACAAGAAGCUCCACUGCAUCGUGACGUUCUGCGAGUACUGCCAAGAGGAGAAGACGCUUCAUGAGACGGUUAAGUUCUCCGGGGUCAAGAAACCCUUCUGCAGCGAAGGUUGUAAGCUGUUAUUUAAGCAGGAUUUCAUCAGGCGGCUGGGUCUGAAGUGUGUCAGCUGUAACCACUGUAACCAGCUCUGUAAGAGAGGUGUGACUAAGCAGCUCGGCGGCAUGACGCGGGACUUUUGCAGCGAGACGUGUGCCAAGAAGUUCCACGACUGGUACCACAAGGCGGCGAGAUGCGACUGCUGUAAGGUGCAGGGGAACCUGACAGAGUCUGUGAUGUGGAGAGCGGAGAUGAAGCAAUUCUGUGACCAGGAGUGUCUGCUGAAGUUCUACUGCCAGCAGAACGAGCCCAUCAUGGUCACACAAAAAGGCCCCGAGAACACAACCAUAGGGUAUCAAAUGCAAGAGGCAAAACUCGGGACGGCGACUCAGGCUACUUCGCCGUACGCAGGCGGAGGUCUGAUGAGAGACGUCAAGAAUAAGGCGGUGCUCUGCAAGCCACUCACGAGGACCAAAGCUACUUACUGCAAACCACACAUGCAGAGCAAACUUUUACAGACAGAUGUAGAUGAUGGUGUGAAGAGGGAGUACGUCCCUGUACCCAUACCUGUGCCUGUCUUCAUCCCCAUGCCCAUGAAUAUGUAUUCCCAGGUCACCCCCACUCCAGUCGCUCUGCCUGUACCGGUUCCUGUGCCUGUGUUUCUGCCUACCACCCUGCAGGGGGCAGAGCAGAUCGUCCAGACCAUCAACGACCUGAAAAACAAGGUGGCGUCUGACUCUCUGGAGGCCGGCCUGAUCUCUAUGGCUGAGAUGAUCAUGGAGGACCAAAAACCAGAUGUGAAGCUGGUGAAGGUGAAGAGAGAGAGAGGAGAAGGCGAGUCUUCCAGCAGCAGCAGCAGCAGCAGCUCGGAGGAAGAAAAAGAGAAAAAGGAGAAGGUGAAAAAGGAGGAGAAAAAAGAAGAAGAAGAAGAAGAAGAGGAGGAGGAGGAGGAGGAGGAGGAUGACAACGACGACAAGUAUGAGCCGGACUUAGACCUGGAGGCCGACUUCCCUCAAGCCUCAGAUCCUGCUCCAGUCCUGGAGGGAAUGGACGAGGACAUGGGUUUCUCUCUACCUCCUGUUCUGGCAGAGGAGAAGGAGGAGCCGGAGGAGUCUGUACCUCGACCGCAGCCACGAAGACUAGGGAACAAGAGGCAGGCAGUAGAGGAGGAGAGCUCAAAUCCGGCUUCGUCCUCUUCGUCGAAUCCAUCAGGAAAACCCUCAGAAGGACGGUCGCUGCCUCUUAAAGCUCGCUACGGCAUCUACGCCUGGAAACGCUGGGCGAUGUCUGCUCCUGACAAAUCACACAACGCCAAAGCAAAGGAUCACUCCAAAACAGCUCGGUCUAAAAGUAAUCUUUUGUCGCUGAGUUCAGAGGAGCUGAAUGUGGCUCUGUCCCGGUUUGUUAGGGAGGUCUGCAGGCCCAGUGGGGAGCGCUACUCUCCAGACAGCAUCCUCUACCUCUGUCUGGGGAUCCAGCAGCAUCUUCAUGCCAAAGGCCGGGAGGAUGACCUGUUCAGUGACCCGUGUUACCAGACGUUUGGAGACGAGCUCAACAAAGUCCUGAAGGACUGGCAGCCCAGUGUGCUCCCUGAUGGCUCGUUGUGGGGACGCGUGGAGGAGCAGAGUCUGUGGAGCAGCCGGCAGCUCGGGGAGCAGAGUCCUUCCGCUCUGCUGCGCUCUCUGGUUUACCUGAACACCAAAUAUUUCGGCCUGCGCACCGUGGAGCAGCACCUCCGCCUCUCCUUUGCCAAUGUCUACGGCCCCGACACCGUCCAUCCUGUCACCAAGGAGACCACCGUCUGCAUCCGCGUGCCUUCCAUCUCUCAGGAUCACAAUGUGCAAACAGAGUCGAGGAAGAGGAAGCGGAAGUCGGAGGACGGCGAUCAGGACUCUGAGCGAGAUGACGACUCGGGAGGCUCCACCAUGCGCUGCCCGGUUAAGAAACACGAGUGUCACCUGUAUGAGCUCUACAGAUCCAAGUGCCCUGCGUUGCUGCAGGAGCGUUUGGAUGUCUUCUACGUUCAGCCCGAUCCAGCCUACAGUCCUGAAGAUCCGCAGUGGUUCAGCUCCACGCCGCUGGAGCGACGGAUCCUGGAGAGCCUCCUCACCAGAGUCCUCCUGGUCAGGGACGUUUACACAGACAAGCAACACCUGGAGGAAGACGAGGAGGAAGAGGACCGGGGUGAUGCAGUCGGGGGAGAGUAGCAGAAGCUUUGACUUUUUUUUUAUUUUUAGAAACUAAACAGAAACUAAAGAGGAGGAUAGCUAAUAGAGUAUGUGCUGCCCCGUCCCCUGACGUAACAUCUGCUCCCAUCUCCCCUCCUCGCUGACUGGCUGUGUCCUCCUGGUGAGGAGCGUCCAACACAGGGAACUUAAACGAGUAGAGGAUGAAGAAAAUGGCGCUGAAGAGCAGCUCAAACUGCUGUAGAGGAGGAGAAAGAUGUGACCUAAGUUUAAACAGAGGAUGAGGAGUUGGGGAUAAAGGAGGUGUGAUGUGUUCAAAGUAAAAUCAGGUAGAUGGCAGACUACAUUGACGCUCAUCAUCGAGAUACAUGGAGAACGUUAGACGUACAGUUGUGCACCAACGGUUCUGAGGGCAUCGUUCUUUCAUCGUGCUCCGACGAGGAGUUUGAAAUUAUGAAAUCAUGCUUUAACAAACAUUUCUGCAUCCACCUGGAGGCUACGAGGAGGAGGAGGAGGAGGAGGAGGAUGAAGGCUGACGCUGGUUUUACCAAGUUGUGAGCAGGAAAUGACACUCAGGAGGUUAAAAUGUCAUCUUUGAUGCAGGCAGAAGUUCAGCUUCCUAAAAAUAGAAACAGAGCUGGUUGAAGUCGAGCCAUCAUCCACAGCUGUGCUAAAUUUAGCAACUAGAAGUGCUAGUUUGAUUUCUGUUUUUCAACUUGUAUGAUCUUUAAAAAUGCCAAUGAUAUGGUUAUGUCCAAUGAUACUUGACUGACAACCAUUCCUCCUCCUCAGAUGGUCGCAAAGUUUGGAUUUGUACGAAAUAAUUUUGAUAAAUUUCAGAUUUUAAAGUCAUGCACACCCACACACCUGUUCUUUUUUUUCCUACCCCCCCUCAGCUAGAAUUUUGGCCAAAUGUACUGUGCGGUUGCUUAAAGGCAGGACUAUCAGGAUGUAACACGGGGAAGGUUAAAAUCAUUAAAUUUCCGCAGCCAGAACAAUAACUCUGUUCUGCUCAUGUAUCGUUAUCUGUGCCUGGUGUUGUUUCUCUUUGCUGAAUUAAGAACUGCUGCAGACACGGGGGGUUCACUCCAUUUAUCAUAGAAAAGAACGGGAAAUAAAGUCUGUUCUAAAUGCCUAUAUGUCAUAAAUUGUUGGUUUUCCUGUCAGUUUUAAACGGCCACGUGAAGCAAAUAUGAUUUUCCAUCUUUUGGGUUUGAUCUCCAGCCGGCUCUGGUUGAAUCACAGGUCAUACUCGUUAUCCUUUGACCAGACAAAAUAUAUAUUUUUUGCCUUUUGCAUCACAGUUUUUAGCACUUGUAUUACCAGGCUACGCACUGCACUGUUGCUUUUACACAUGGUUUAAUUUGUGAGGACAGAAGAAGACAUUUACCUGCUUUAACCAUGUGACAGAAUAGAUCUUUACAUGGACAGGAAUGACAUGAGAGGUUACUGAACGAUGUGUGUCUGACCCUGGAAGUUACGUUUUAUUGAGUACUCUAAAGUUACAUUAAUUUGUGUUGAUGGUUUAAAAGUCCCUAAUGUUCAAAGUCACCCUUCAGUUUGAGAAAUGUUGCCCCCUGGUGUCUUUUCAUUGCACUUUCCCCCCUCACGAAGGUGGAGUUUCUGACUUUGCAACCGUGCAACCUUAACUCCAUCAGCCUCCUCCUCCUCCUCUCACGUCUGGGUAGCCUUCUGUUUCACACAUUUACCCGCACUGCACUCAUUUCGCUCUUCCUCCAUCAGUACUGCUCUCAGGCGAAACCUUUGCACCACAGAGGACCUUUCAGCUCAGCAGGAUUCAGGACUGCAAAAGAGGAACGGACUCUGACGGGCCUCCCUCGCCGUGGUGCAGGGGUUAAAAGGCAACCUCAUGCUGACAUGCUGCGUUUCUUUGUAAGACACGGGGAACCCUCAUCCAUGCAAUGUAGCAUUAAGAGCAUACUAAGCCCAGAUUGGGUUGCUUGGACGUGUAAAUAUCUCUGGAACAUGGUGAUGAAUCAACACAGACGACACUGCAUAGUUUGGUUGACAGAAAAACUCUCAGUGAAACUUUCAUCUUGAAAACCUGCCUCCUGACAAGCCUUCUUUUUUUUUUUUUUUAAAGACUGGUUAUUUAUUUAAUUUUUUUAUUACUUUGACUGUGUCCCCCCCCUUAUGUCACAAUGGGAUUAUCAUGGCUCCCACUUCCUUCUCACCCAUCAUUCAUUGCAAAAGCCGCUGCAGCCCUGCACCCCUCGCCGUGUCUUUGAGAAGGUAUCGUUUGAGAACCUGUGAAACGUGAGGGACACAGAUCAUUCAGACUGUUUUUCCCCUUCUGCUUUUUUGACCCUGUGUUUUUUUCUUCCAAGUCAAGACAGAUUUAGUUUGAACAUGAGCGUUUGGUUAUUAAGCGCUUUAUUCUUCCUCCAAGCUCUUUUUGAGUCCAUGCACUGCAAAAGUUAGUUGGUUGAAGUCUGAAUACUUUAUUUUCACAAACUCAAAUCCUUUUUUUUCUUCCAGUGUUCAUCGUUUAUUUCCUUUUUUAUUUUUUUACUUUUAUUUGAAGUUUCUUCAGGAUUGUUUCAAUAAAAAUUAAGAUGUGUCAUCAAGUAAAAAAGGUGUUCAUAUUUUUUUUUUAUUUGAUUUUUUUUUUACGGCCUUUUCUUGACCACGUUUACACCACGCUGUAAAGCUACAUUUGAACACUAAGCAGUGUGUCUUCGGCUUAUAUUCUAAGGAAUACUCUCCAGAUGUUAAGUUACAAAAGUCUGAACGUGAGAAUUGUCUCAAAAUGUUCAAACAUGUCGUCUUUGCAGGAUCCUCAUCGGUUUUCUUCUAUCCUAAGAGCUACGUUCCAGUUAUUUUGUGCACUUGACUCUGCUGCAGUCACCGGUCUCGAUUUGCAGUGAGACACUUCAGGAACAGAGUCGGUGGAUUCAGAGGGAGACUAAAGGGUCUGGUUUUCUGAUACCAGAUCAGUCACCAGCCCAAAACCCAGUCCUUUAAACUUGACUGAGGAAGUUAAAAAAAAAAAAAACUGACCGCAGAUCAGAGGACUCUCUUAAGCCCGGCUGAAUUUUCUCCUGCUGGGCUCGGUGGCGGUGACCAAACCUCUAACCCCGGGAUCUGGACCUCCAGUAGUUGCUGUGGCUGGCUUUAAAGCCGAAUGUGAUUGUGCCUAUCUGUAUAUACUGAAAGUGAGUGAUUGUGACUCGAUGCUUUGUGUGUGGGCGGGUCGGCUGAUACAGUCGUGUUAAAUAAAUGGUUUCAUUUUCUAA